ACGGGGUAGGCAAGAUGCAGGCGGCGCCGCUGCAGUACGAGUUCUUCAGCGAAGAGAAUGCACCCAAGUGGCGGGGUCUGCUUGUGCCCGCCCUGAAAAAGGUCCAGAUGCAAGUCCACCCUAAACUAUCAUCUACAGAAGAUGCUUUGCAGUAUGUUGAGGAGUUAAUUCUGCAGUUGCUAAACAUGCUGUGCCAAGCUCAGCCAAGAAGUUUCUUGGAUGUAGAGGAUCGUGUCCAAAAAAGUUUUCCCCAUCCGAUUGAUAAAUGGGCAAUAGCUGAUGCACAGUCUGCCAUUGAAAAGAGGAAGCGGAGAAACCCACUAUUUCUUCCAGUAGAAAAAAUUCAUCCACUCUUAAAAGAAGUCCUGGGAUAUAAAGUUGACCAUCAAGUAUCUGUUUACAUCGUAGCUGUAUUAGAAUACAUUUCUGCAGAUAUCUUAAAAUUGGUUGGAAACUAUGUACGAAAUAUAAGACAUGAUGAAAUUACUAAACAGGACAUCAAAGUGGCAAUGUGUGCUGAUAAGGUAUUGAUGGAUAUGUUCCAUCAAGAUGUAGAGGAUAUUAGUACACUGACGUUAUCUGAUGAAGAACCCUCCACAUCAGGGGAACAAACCUACUAUGAUCUUGUAAAGUCAUUCAUGGCAGAGGUUCGACAAUAUAUAAGGGAGCUGAAUCUCAUAAUAAAAGUUUUUAGAGAACCUUUUAUUACCAAUCCAAAACUGUUUUCAGGUCAUGAUGUAGAGAAUAUAUUCAGCCGAGUAUCAGAUAUUCAUGAACUUAGUGUGAAGUUGCUAGGCCAUAUUGAAGAUACAGUAGAAAUGACUGAUGAAGGCAGUCCCCAUCCAUUAGUAGGAAGCUGUUUUGAAGAUUUAGCUGAGGAGCUAGCAUUUGAUCCUUAUGAAUCAUACACUCAAGAUAUUUUACGGACUGGCUUUCAUGACCAUUUUCUUAGCCAGUUAUCAAAGCCUGGAGCAGCAUUCUAUUUGCAGUCAAUUGGAUAUGGUUUUAAAGAAGCUGUUCAGUAUGUUUUACCUAGGCUACUUCUAGUUCCUGUUUACCAUUGUCUUCACUAUUUCGAACUUUUAAAGCAAUUAGAAGAGAAAAGUGAAGAUGAAGAGGACAAAGAGUGUUUGAAGCAAGCAAUUACAGCCCUGCUUAAUCUUCAGAGUAGUAUGGAGAGGAUAUGCUCCAAAAGUCUCGCAAAGAGAAGGCUUAGUGAAUCUGCAUGCCGAUUCUAUAGUCAACAAAUGAAGGGGAAGCAGCUAGCAAUCAAGAAAAUGAACGAGAUCCAGAAGAAUAUUGAUGGCUGGGAGGGUAAAGACAUUGGACAGUGCUGCAAUGAAUUUAUUAUGGAGGGAACCCUCACACGUGUGGGUGCCAAACAUGAAAGACAUAUAUUUCUCUUUGAUGGUCUGAUGAUUUGUUGUAAAUCGAAUCAUGGCCAACCAAGACUGCCUGGUGCUAGCAAUGCAGAAUAUCGUCUGAAAGAGAAAUUUCUUAUGCGAAAGGUACAGAUCAAUGACAAAGAUAACACUAAUGAGUACAAGCAUGCUUUUGAAAUCAUUUUAAAAGAUGAGAACAGUGUUAUUUUUGCUGCUAAAUCGGCUGAAGAGAAGAACAACUGGAUGGCAGCCUUGAUCUCUUUACAGUACAGAAGUACCCUGGAACGCAUGUUAGAUGUAACAAUGUUGCAAGAAGAGAAAGAGGAGCAGAUGAGAUUUCCAAGUCCUGAGCUAUAUAGAUUUGCAGAACCUGAUUCUACAGAAAAUAUUAUUUUUGAAGAAAACAUGCAGCCCAAAUCUGGAAUCCCAAUUAUUAAGGCAGGAACUGUUGUCAAACUGAUUGAGAGACUUACAUUCCACAUGUAUGCUGAUCCCAAUUUUGUUCGAACAUUUCUUACCACAUACAGAUCUUUUUGUAAGCCUCAGGAAUUAUUGAGUCUCCUGAUAGAAAGAUUUGAAAUUCCAGAACCUGAACCAACAGAAGCAGAUCGUAUAGCUAUGGAGAAUGGAGACCAACCUCUUAGUGCAGAACUAAAAAGAUUUAGAAAAGAAUAUAUACAACCUGUACAGCUACGAGUAUUAAAUGUAUGUCGACACUGGGUGGAACAUCAUUUCUAUGAUUUUGAGAGAGAUGUAGAUCUUUUACAACGAUUGGAAGAAUUCAUUGGCACAGUCAGAGGUAAAGCUAUGAAAAAAUGGGUUGAGUCAAUCACGAAGAUAAUUCAUAGGAAAAAGCAAGCACAAGCCAUUGGGCCAAGUCACAACAUUACUUUUGAAAGCUCACCACCUCCAAUUGAGUGGCAUAUAAGCAGGCAAGGACAAACUGAAACGUUCGACCUGCUCACUUUGCAUCCAAUAGAAAUUGCCCGACAGCUUACUCUACUUGAAUCAGAACUUUACAGAGCUGUGCAGCCAUCAGAGCUCGUUGGAAGUGUAUGGACAAAAGAAGAUAAAGAAAUUAAUUCUCCUAACCUGCUCAAAAUGAUAAGACAUACCACUAAUCUUACCUUGUGGUUUGAAAAAUGCAUUGUAGAAACAGAAAACCUAGAAGAAAGAGUAAUGGUAGUAUGUCGGAUAAUUGAAAUCUUGCAAGUUUUUCAAGAACUAAACAAUUUUAAUGGCGUUCUUGAAGUCGUCAGUGCUAUGAACUCUGCACCUAUUUACAGACUGGAUCACACCUUUGAACAAAUGCCAAGCCGUCAGAAAAGGAUUUUUGAAGAAGCUCAUGAAUUGAGUGAAGAUCACCAUAAGAAAUACUUGGCAAAACUCAGGUCCAUUAAUCCUCCAUGUGUGCCUUUCUUUGGAAUUUAUUUAACAAACAUUUUGAAAACAGAAGAAGGCAAUCCUGAAUUUCUAAGAAGACAUGGAAGAGAGCUUAUCAACUUUAGCAAACGGAGGAAAGUGGCUGAGAUAACAGGGGAAAUACAACAGUACCAAAACCAGCCAUACUGCCUAAAGGUAGAACCUGACAUCAGGAGAUUUUUUGAAAAUUUGAAUCCAAUGGGAAAUAGCAUGGAAAAAGAAUUUGCAGAUUCUCUUUACAACAAGUCCCUAGAAAUAGAGCCACGUAAUAUGAAGCCACCUCCAAGAUUUCCUAAAAAAUACAGCUAUUCUCUCAAAUCUCCGGGUAUUCGUCCAUCAAAUCCAAGACCUGGAACCAUGAGACAUCCAACACCUCUGCAACAAGAGCCAAGAAAAAUUAGUUACAGUCGUGUUCCUGAGAGUGAAUCAGAGAAUGCAGCUUCUGCACCAAACUCUCCAAGAACACCGCUCACCCCACCCUUGCCAUCUUCCACGUCCAGCACUACAGAUGUCUGCAGUGUGUUUGACUCUGAUCCCUCUACACCUUUUCAUUCAAGGUCUGCCUCGGUAUCCUCCAUCAGUUUUCCCAAAAAUUCUGAAGAAAUUACUGUUCCUCCUCCUAUUCCUCCCCGAAGACGUCCAGAAUCUGCUCCUGCAGAAUCUUCUCCGUCAAAGAUUUCUUCUGUGCAUCUGGACAGUCCACCAGCAAUUCCCCCUCGGCAGCCAACAACAAAAAUGUAUUCACCGAGGUAUUCAGUGCCCGACAGGACCUCCAUCUCAGAUGCUCCUGAAAGCCCACCUGUAUUGCCACCACGAGAACCUGUGCGAACUCCUGAUGUUUUCUCUAGUUCACCUCUGCAUCUCCAGCCACCGCCUUUAGGCAGAAAAAGUGAACUUGGCAACACUUUCUUUCCCAACAGUCCCUCUCCAUUUACUCCCCCUCCUCCUCAAACCCCUUCUCCCCAUGUUGCACGUAGGCAUUUGCCAUCACCUCCUUUGAUACCCCAAGAAAUGGACCUCCAUUCUGUUGCUGGGCCACCUGUUCCUCCACGGCAAAGCACUUCUCAACAUAUCCCAAAGCUUCCUCCAAAAACUUAUAAAAGGGAGCCUACCCAUCCAUCAGUGCAUCGAGAUGGACCCCCUUUGCUGGAGAAUGCCCACUCCACCUGAAUUCUCCUUUGUGCUAGAGCGUGCUUUCUCUGGUGCUACGUCUAUUGCUGGCAAUAGAUGCACCGUGUCUUUUGGCAACAAGGAGCUGAGUGAUAUUGCUCCUAACACUAAUGACUCUGCAAUGCAUUUGAUAUAUAAUGUAGAAAAUAAUGAAUCGUAAUAACAGGCCCCUUUAUUGUGGAAAAAAAUGCUGUUUGUUAGUAAAGUAUGCAAGGCACUGUUCUAAACUCACUGGACAUCUGAAUGUACCAGAAAUUAGAUUUGCAGAUCUCUUUGGGCCAAUAAGCAUACCCUGUGCUUUGUGUAUUGUCCAGUGAAGGAUGUGAAGCAUAAUCUUAUAAUCUGUCCACCAUGACAUAAAUUCUCGGAGUAAAAAUAUGCACUUUUAAAAAAAAAUCUCAAACAGGGAAUUUGAUAGUCUUCUCAAUUUAAUUUUAUCAUUCCCUGCUUUCAAACCAUGAACUGGACUGUGAGGAUGAUCUGUGGUACUGAACCAGGAUACAGCUAAGGCAUCGCAUUAUACUGCAGUCCUGUUUACAAACUGUUACAGUUACUAGUAAAUACAUGGGUACCUAGGCUUCACCAAAGAGGUACUUUCCUUCUAUAUAAAUGUUUUGGGGCCAGUUCUGAAGAGUUAAGCAGGAAGUAGAAUGCCUAAUUUUUGCCACCUUUAAACAAAAGAGAUUUAAAUCUCAUAUGAAUGGCAAAAGCUAUCUGAGGGAGUGCCUUCUCCUGUGGUUUUUGCCUGCCCUGUAAGAUCAGGCAGAGUUGGUGUGCUUUGGGUUGCGUCAAUCAAACAAUGCCAUCUUUCAGGACCCAGGAAGCCUGCCUUUUCUGUCAUAGCACCUGCCCUCUGGAAUGAUAUUCCUCAGAGUCCUGUGUAGCUCCCAUGAUGAUCUGGAAGUUUUUAGAAGUGUGGCUGUUCUCCCAGGCCUGGGAGUAGGUUGUUUGUGGAGCCCUGUGGUUAUGUUUUCUGUUUGAGGGAGUGUGCUUGUCCAGACAUGUAGGAUCUUCUUUUAUUGUUUCUUAUUUUUUUUAAGGUAAGCCACCCAGAGUCACUUUGGAAGUGGAUGGCCUCUAAAUUUCAGAAAUAAAUACUAUGAAAUGGCACUACUACUGUCAGUUUAAAUCUGUAUCUACAUGUACAAAAUGGGUAAAUAUUGACUAGGUCUUCAGUUAAGAUUUACCAAUGAUCCACUUUCCAGUUAGUGCUGCAGCCUCUUUGAUUAUGCCAUGGAAAUGCAAAGGAUGAUCCGCUGGCCAUCUCUCCCACCCACCACCCACCCCAGUUAUCACCAAGUUUUAACUAGUGGUAGGUAGAUGAAUAAUCAGCAUCAACUUAUGCCUUGUAGUUGCAUAAAUAAAUCAUAUGUAUAUAGUGAAUGUUGCAUAAAUAUAAUUGCAAAUUGUUUUUAAUUUAAUUGAAAUAAAGACACAGAUAUUUUGUCUGGCUGACAUAUAUUAAAUUAUUGCAUUGCUAAAUGUACAUUUCAGUUUUUAGCCCUGAGGAGGUGAGACAUGCUGUGGUACACACAUCUCUCUUUCUAGAUCAUUGUUUUAGUUUAUAAAGGAUAAAACCAGAAGAAAGAUAUGGAAUAAGAAAUGCAGGUGAGUUGGAGUGAUUAAUAGUUAAUAUAAAGGAUUUCAUGCAUAUAACAUUCUGAACUCUGUCUAACUUCAUAAAGUUUAAAGUUGGUAUUUACUAUGUUAGGAGAAAUCUAUGUGAGUACAGUACAGUAUCCCAUUCUGGAUUACCCAUAGAUCUAUGAACUACCCUUCUGAUCCCCAUACUGUGAUUAUAAUGCAUGCCAUUUAUUAAAGAUAUUUCAAUCUUCUCUGCCACGUUAGGAUUUGUGAAUGGUGCAGUAUUGUAUGCUUAGAUGAUAAGGCUCGUGAGAUGUUUUCCCAGCCCCAGAGUACAUUUCAACAAUCUAGAAAACCAUGCCACUGGAAUAUUGGUGAAAGACUGUCGUUUUGGGAGUCUACUGCUAUAAGAAAUUUCUCCAGUUUCAGAUUAUGGUCUUUGCAUUUCAGGAAAUUAUAAUUGAAUCUACCUUAAAGAAUCCUUUUAAACUUUACAGUCAUAAUAAUGAGAAUCAAACGGGCAUUCUGGAAAAAAUGUGUAGUGUUAGACUAUAAGAAGUGUUGAGCUGAGAUUCCGUUGAAGAUAUUUUAGAGAUAAUUCAGAUUCAUAAUGAAAAAUUCAUAAAUUGAGCCCCAGUUAAACCCAUUUUUUCUUUUGUUGGCAUCAUUAAAGAUAAUGGCAACAAUCCCAUCCAUAAGAACUUUAAAUAUUGCAGGUUAUGUCAUUCCAAUGUGAGCAAAGCAGAGGGCAACUGCAGUUUUUCUUGUUUCUGCCUGCCACACUGAAACAUGAGUUCCCUAAUCAACCAGUCUGACUUUCAGGAAAGGAGACUAGAGUACACAUUUGCUAAAUUAACAUUUUUAAAUAGUAAUUUCAUAGGCAGAUGUAACUUUGUCUUAAAUGAAAACUUAAACUCUCCAGCAAAAAGUUUUAUUACAGCUGCCUUUAAGAUUGCUUGAGACAGGUCAGUUGUUGAAAUGUUAAAUGAUUUAAGAAAAGAUGCUAUUGAUAUUGUGAGGGCUUUAGCUUCUUUACCAUGAGGUAAAUAUUCAUAGUUCUGUACAAAAGUAAUCAAUACUUUAAAAAUGCAAAUCUUAAUCUGAAGCCCAAUUGUAUUGCUUAGUACUAUCACUUUUUGUUAUGGUAAAAUGUGCUCCAUUUUCAGCAUGAAAAAGGUUGUUUUAGUCCCUUCUAUUGUCUCUUGUCAAUAUGUGUGGAAUUGCAGUUGUGAGGGUUUAAUAGUGUAGAAGAGCUUUUUUAAAGUGAUCUGUGUGUGUAUGUGUGUGUGUGUGUGAAAGAGAGAGAAAAUCUAUUCCAGGAAAUUGUUAAAGGAUUUCCUAUAAAUUAGUACUGGAUUGUAUCACUAAAAUUAUACAAAAUAAGUAAGGUAAUAGCUUUAUUGGGUUAAAGGCUAAGUAAUCAAAUUCCUGAGUUAGCAAAGCUCUUAUCACACAAUGAAAACCCAAGAGAGAUUAUUUUCACAGGCCUGAUGUCUGUUAUUGUAGGAGCAUAUAAUCUGUUAGGGCUAGGAAAUUGAACAUAAGCAAGUACUGGUUAUCUAGAUCAAGUCAAGAUGUAUUUUCUCUGAUCAGAGAAACUCUUUCCACCAAAUCUGUUAUUAGGGGAAAAUAAAUUGCAUCCUCUGGGAUAUUCAGUACAUAAUGGAAGGAAAUCAUGCAAAUCUAAGCAAUCUGUGGCCAAGUUUUGUUUAGCAUGCUGCAAAACUGUGUUGUGUUUAUGCAUGGUGUUGUUUGCUUUUGUAUACUUUUGCCAUCUUGAGUCAGGCUAUCUUUCCUGGAAUUGGGUUAUUGAUAGAAAACUUCAUCAAUUUUAAAAUUCAGAGGCUUCUGCUAUGUUAUACCUUAAAAUACCCAAUAUCCAGUGCAUGCACACGUGGAUUCUGUAGCCACUUUUCCCACUGAACUAGCACUAAUCCCUUAAAAAUGCCAUCUGCAGGAGAAGACAGAAUUGGUAACUCUGGGAAGUCUGGUGAAGAGGGGACGGUUGGGUUAGGUGUUCUGUUACAUUCAUGUUAGUGUGGGGAAGUAGCCUAUCUCUGUUCCACUAUAAAUUAAGCGCACCACACUAAUGGUGACUGGAACGCAUGCAUGAAAUCCUUGUUGCUCUAAAAUUUUAAUUAGUGAAGACUUUCUGAAAUGUUCUUUUUAAUAAGGGAGAAAACUCAGUUAAGUGACUCCUGGGAUAUUCUCUCAAAACAUUGAAAGAACCAGUUCAGACGCUGGUCUGUCAUAAGAAUUAAUUUUCGCACAAUUGUUAUAAAUUGCUUUUCAACUGACUAGUCAUCACUCCCCUAUUUUUUUUCUUUUAAAAAAGCAAAUUGUAGGGUCACUGCUAGUUGUGAUUCAAAAUCAAAAACACACGAGUGUUUUUUUAAAAUAAGUGGCAAGUAAGGCUUUAAAGUCAAAGCGCAUUCCCUUUGCCUUUGAAUACAAAAUUAGUUAAGGGAUCAGGUGCUGUAAAAUUGACCUUUGUAAAUUCAUCAUGUAGCCAGCUGAAAUGGAAAACAAAUCUUGUGCCAGAUGUAUGCAACUUUCAGUAGCUGCCAAAUGUGCCUUUUAAAAAGUUUUUCUUUCUAAAACAAAGAUUCUCUCAUUGGCAGGAUCUUAUUUUCAGAUUACAUUUUUAAUUUGGCCAAUUUAGAAAUCAAGCUUUCUUGUCCUCUGUGUACAGGUUUAUUUUUGAAUAAUUCUGAUAACUUAUAUAUUUGAAAAUGUAUUGCCUUUUGUUUAAUGCUGUGGAUUCAUUGCUAAAUUGUUAAAAGGCAAUGGUGGUCCAAUUCAGCUGUGUAAGAUUGAAGUGGUAAUAUCUAAACUGGUAAAUUUUAUGAGUCUGUGUGUACCUAAUCAUGUCUAUAGGUGCUUUGUAUGCUAUGUCUGCAAUGGUAUUCAGAUUGCAUUUAAACUAAAAAUGAAUAGUGGCUGUUAUUUUUUGGCAUUCAAAAGAUCUGUUCUUAAAUAAAAAGGCCUUACGUAUCCCGUAAGUGUAUAUUUCUGUAUAUAUGAUAAUUUAGAUCUGUUGAGCUACCAUAUUUUUUAUUCAACUUAUAGUGUUGUUUAAUAAAGAGUAUAAUAUUAGAAUGGGUUUAGAAUAUUACAACUCAUUGGUACAUUCACACAUCCCAUUAGGCUAAGCCAAAAGCAAACAAAUCACUGUGUUUUAACAUCAUGUGAGAAUGCGUACGUUGUAUAGGUGAGCUCCCAACAAAAGGAGAAAACACAUGCAGAAUCUAUCAGAUGUGAAUACUGUGGCUGAAUACAGCCUGUUGCCCAAGACCUAACUGCAUGGUCAAAUUUGUCCAUUAGUUCUUUCCUGCUUGGUCUUCAUGUGAAGAAAAGUUGAGUGCUUGGCUUUUGUUGAUGUCAAAUCCAAGUCAAGCAGUGGAAUUAAAUUGGGCUAUAGGAAAAUAUGCUACAUUUUAAUUAUAUGAAAACCAAACAUCUUAAAUCUGCAGAACUAAUGGCCACAGUUCAAUGUAAAAAAAAAUGCAAUUAAAUAGGUCGAUCUUAUGUUGUACUUUUGUUUGCUUUGCAUUUACAACAACUCUGGUAUUUAAAAUAUUUGAAUCAGUGUAGAGAAUUUCUCCCAUCUCCUUCAUGAAUAAACUAUUACGACUUCAGGUUUUAAUAUUAUUUCCUGGAAGGGUAAUUCUGAUUGUUUAUUAUCCCAGUUUUCUAGGUGAGCAGCAAAAUAUCUCUUCCAAUUGAAUGUUUCUGUUCAAUAUACUAUGGAUUAUUAGCUCCAGCAGGGUAUUGUACUGUUUCUUCCACAUUUCCCAUUUUCAUUAUUUUACUUUUCCAGCUUUCACUUUGCAUUGUAUGACUAUUCAAUCUUCAUAGGGUGGUUUGGGUUUUUGUCCCAUUGUUAGUCUUUUGUAGCUUCUUAAUCACACAAAAAAUACUCAGUUGAAUUUGCUGAGCAAAUAAACAGUGUUUUUUAGGACAAAUUUCAUCUGA